GUUGAAUUGAACCAGCUUUAGACCAGUUAUGCCGAUAAAUACUACACACUACAAUGCCCCAUUGGCAGCGACACGCUAAUCUAUACAUACACUACUCUACCACCAGAACCCACUCAUCUCAACCUCAAGAAAAGAGUACACGUCGAAAACUCAUUCACUCAGCCCUAACUCCCUCCCAAACUCCCUCAAUGCCAAAAAAAAAAAAAAACACAUACACACAACCAAAGCACAGCUCCGAUAAACUAAUCCCUGCACAUCCAAACCCCAUAUUCCCCUAGAAGGCAUGCCAAACCCCACCAUUCCCAAACCGAGAUAGACAACCCAGACUUGCUGUUAUCAGGUUAGAUCCCUCACUUAGUGCCCUGCAAAGACCGCGAUACCGACUCCUGAAAUGGGUUAGCAAAGAUCAAGCCGUCACGAGGGAGAUCUUAUCAAUCUGGCGCGCCCCCACAGCCCUAAUCUCGAUCUGG